AUGCCUCACGUCGACAUCUUGUUCAACCAGUUGCAGAAGAGAAAAACCGAGCCAGCGCAAGUUAAAACGGCUAUCGAUAAUUUUGAAAAAUGUAUUGUCGAUGUGACAAAUAAAAUUGAUGACAUAAUAAAUGAAGCCAAAAGUAUUUGCACUGAACCCCAAGGCAACAAAAGGAGACGACGUAAUAAUAGCAGUCACGAUCACCGAGUUGCCGCAUUAGAAGUAUGCGAAAAUAUAGUGAAUUCUGCAAAUGACAGAUUUCAAUUCAAAGAUCAUUUGGUAGCCGCAUCCCUUUUUUUCCCCGAACACUUUGGAGAAUACUGUGGUAAGUUUCCUGAUGACAAGUUGGAAACUACCUGCUUGGCUUAUCCCGAAUUAGAAAAAGUCGUUUAA